AGAAAAAAUCUAACUUUGGUUAUUAUUCUUUGUAUGUAAUCAAGCUUUUAGGAAAAAAAAAUCUUGCUUUACUUUUUUUGUGUUCAUAGAUAUGAUUCUUUUGGUUUCUGGGUCUUAUAAAUUUACAGAAUUUUUAUGAAUCUUAUGGAAUCGGUUUCUACUUUUGUUGAGAUUAUCUCACUAUAUAGGUAUUUGAACAAGAGCAAUCAAGAUUUGAGCUUGAUGGAAUCAAGAAUGGAAGGAGAUGUGUAUUCUGGAUUUGGAGAGAGAUACCAGAUGGACGGUAAGGUGUUGCAGAAUUUUCAGAAGAGCUUUGUUCAAGUUCAAGACAUUCUUGAUCAGAACAGGCUUUUGAUCAACGAGAUCAAUCAGAACCACGUGUCCAAACAAGCCGAUCACUUGGGUAGAAAUGUUGGUUUGAUAAGAGAGCUCAAUAACAACAUCAGAACUGUGGCUAGUCUCUAUGGAAAUCUCUCUCAUUCUUUCGCCAGAUCGGUCGAUGCUUCAUCCGAAGGGGAAUCUACUGGGACACUUAAAUCUGAUGGCAAGGCCAACAACCAGAAGAGGUUUAGAUCCGGGUAACAAACAUAACAACGACAAAAUACCAAUCUUGAUUAUGUAGAUUCAAAAGCUAAUUUGAUUGUGGAUUAAGGACUGAUGACAAUGAUGUUGUUGUCCAAGAGUAUGACAUUAAUAUUGUGUGUUUUCUUAAGUGUCUUCAACAGUUUUGCUUCUGUAAUCUCUGUUGAAUUGUUAUCUACAUAAUGUUUAUGUCUUUGAUUCUGAGAUGAUAAAAAGAUGUUUUUCUUUUCUUUUUA